CGAAGGCGGCGGCGGCUGGAGCGCUGGAACGGCGGCGGCUGGAGCGGGAUGGGACGGAGCGCGGCGCCAGGUGAGGUAGCUGGAUAAUAUUUUGAAGGCUUCUAAGUAAGAAAAAGCCACCUGAGUGUGCCAGGAAGUUAAAGAACAGCUGUCUCCUCAAACGUGUAAACAGUACAGAUAUUCUGCACUCCUUUUUAAAUGAUUGUGAGCCAUGCCUUUGGUGAAAAGGAACAUUGAACCACGGCAUCUCUGCCGAGGAGCUCUGCCAGAGGGAAUUACAAGUGAACUGGAAUGUGUAACGAAUAGCACUCUUGCUGCUAUCAUACGCCAGCUAAGCAGCUUAAGCAAGCAUGCUGAAGACAUAUUUGGUGAAUUGUUUAAUGAGGCCAACAGCUUCUACAUCAGAGCAAAUUCCCUCCAAGACAGAAUUGAUCGCCUUGCUGUCAAAGUCACCCAGCUGGAUUCAACGGUGGAAGAGGUAUCCUUACAGGAUAUCAACAUGAAAAAAGCAUUCAAGAGCUCAACAGUUCAAGACCAGCAAGUAGUUUCAAAGAACAGCAUUCCAAACCCGGUGGCUGAUAUUUAUAACCAAAGUGACAAACCACCACCUCUGAAUAUUCUUUCACCUUAUAGGGAUGACAAGAAGGAUGGAUUGAAGUUUUAUACUGAUCCUUCCUAUUUUUUUGAUCUUUGGAAAGAAAAAAUGUUACAAGAUACUGAAGAUAAGCGAAAAGAAAAGAGGAGACAAAAGGAGCAAAAGCGUAUAGAUGGCACCACCCGUGAGGUGAAAAAGGUUAGAAAAGCCAGGAACAGACGCCAGGAGUGGAAUAUGAUGGCAUAUGACAAAGAGCUUAGACCUGACAACAGGUUGUCUCAAAGUGUGUACCAUGGAGCAUCUUCCGAGGGAUCACUGUCCCCAGAUACUAGGUCCCAUGCAUCUGACGUUACAGAUUAUUCUUAUCCUGCUACUCCGAAUCAUUCCCUCCAUCAGCAGAUAGCAAUGCCUUCCUAUGGAGCAGGAGAUGGUCCACAGUACAUGGCAGCAUCCCAAAGCCAUGAGCAUGAAUACAGACCACCCUCCACCACUGUACGGCACGCCACUUUAAACAGACCUCAGCAACCGCCUCCACCUCCACCCCAGCCUUCAGAUGGCCAGCACAGCUCAGUACCUGUGGUACCAGCAGAAUAUGGGAUGCUCCCAGCUCAGAUGGUGGAUUAUUACAAUCCUACAGGUCCUCCCCCUCCUCCUCCUCCCCCUAUGAUUCCUUCAGCACAAACUGCAUUUGUUAGUCCCCUUCAGCUUCCUGUGCCACCUUCCCAUUCCGGACUGGUGACUGGCUCUACAUAUGCAGCUACUCAUCCUCCUCCUUCUGGUGGGCUUGUUGUCACUGCUCCUCCUCCUCCCGGCCCACCUCCUCCCCCUCCAGGCCCUCCUGCUGCAGGUGCAUCCCUCUCUUCCUCCCCCAUGCAUGCUCCUGCAGUGUCAGAGGCAAAGCAGGCACCGAUGAGUGAUGCACGGAGUGAUCUUCUGGCUGCCAUCAGGAUGGGAAUUCAGCUGAAGAAGGUGCAGGAGCAGCGUGAGCAGGAGGCAAAGCGCGAGCCCGUUGGCAAUGACGUGGCCACCAUCCUGUCGAGGCGCAUUGCUGUGGAGUACAGCGAUUCCGACGACGACUCCGAGUUUGAUGAGAACGACUGGUCAGAUUGAACGUGGUCCAAGCCUACUGGCAACUACAUUAAAUACUUGGCUUCAGUGAUUGCUUCGUUAGCAAGAUGUAAAGCAGGACAUUGACAUGUAUUAAGGCUAGUAAGGGAAGUGCUAAAAUUGAAUUGGUAUUAUUCAGAAUGCAGUAGCUUAGCAACUCUGGUAAUAAUGAUGUGAUUAUGCUUAUGCAGAUCAGAAACUUGUCUUACUUUCAGUAUUUACUGCAUAAUACUUAAGUGCCACUAAAUGUAGCAACUUGUGCUGCGUGCAAAAUAUGCUGCAGUUGUUGCACUGUUACAGAACCAGCAUUUUAUUUUACUUUCCUGUUCUUGAAGGGAUAAAAUAUAUUUUUUUGACUUUACAUCUUAUUCUUUUAAUUAUGUAAACAACUUAGAUACUUGUGAAUUGGUCUGGUUGUUAGUCUUUGAGGGCAGCUAACUGUAUGGCUGAGUGAAGUGUUGAGUUUCAUAAAUGUGACUUCUAACUUUUUUAUUAGGUACUAAUUAUGCCCACCUUAGUCUAUUUUUAACCACUUCUGGGCUUAAGUUUUUAUGCUUACAGAACUGAUUUUAUACUAUCUUCCUUUUUAUCUUAAAAAUGUAGCAGAUGAUGAAAUGUAUACUUUGAAGAAUGAAUCCACAUGAUCCAAAAAGAACAUUUGGUGAGCAGACAGGAUAUGUCUGUAACAGUACCCGCUCUAAGUUGUUGGCUACUUGUUGGGAAGAGCAUUAGGGGGUCUCUAC